AGCGUGCGACAGAGAAGACCUGGGAGCUCCUGCUUGUGGCUGCGGCUAUGUUCUCGUCAGCUUGAGAUCUUUUGAACCAUUUAUUGAGUGCAUCUUGAUUUGACAUCUACUCUAAAAAACAAGAACCGGACCUUUUGAGAAGGAUUGGUGAUUACUGUUGACAGAGAGGUCAGAAAUCAGCCGCCACAAUGAGUACGGACGCGGAGAUGGCCACUUAUGGCAAAGCUGCCAUUUACCUUCGUAAGCCAGAAAGGGAGAGAAUUGAGGCUCAAACUGCACCAUUUGAUGCCAAGAGUGCCUGCUACGUGGCCGAUGUCAAGGAGCUGUACUUGAAGGGGAAAAUCGUCAAGAAAGAUGGUGACAAAGUCACGGUCGAAACCCUGGAACCUAAGGAGGAGAGGGUAGUGAAAGAAGCUGACGUCUAUCCAAUGAACCCUCCCAAGUAUGACAAGAUUGAGGACAUGGCCAUGAUGACCCAUCUCAAUGAAGCCUCUGUGCUGUAUAACCUCAAAGAGCGUUACGCAGCAUGGAUGAUCUAUACCUACUCUGGGUUGUUCUGUGCCACUGUGAACCCCUACAAGUGGCUCCCAGUGUACGAUUCUGAAUGUGUCAGUGCCUAUAGAGGCAAGAAGCGUAUGGAGGCUCCACCCCACAUCUUCUCUGUCUCUGACAACGCCUUUCAGUUCAUGCAAACUGAUAGGGAGAACCAGUCUGUCUUGAUCACUGGAGAAUCUGGUGCUGGAAAGACUGUUAACACCAAGCGUGUCAUCCAGUACUUUGCGACAAUCGCAGUUGGUGGACCGAAGAAGGACGACUCAAAGGGGUCACUGGAGGAUCAGAUUAUUGCAGCCAAUCCCCUGCUGGAGGCCUAUGGUAACGCCAAAACUAUUAGGAAUGACAACUCUUCCCGUUUUGGUAAAUUCAUCAGAAUCCAUUUCGGCGCAACUGGCAAACUGGCAAGUGCUGAUAUUGAGACAUAUCUGCUGGAGAAGUCAAGAGUGACAUACCAGCUUUCUGAUGAAAGAGGCUACCACAUCUUCUUCCAGAUGAUGACCGGCCACAUACCUGAGCUGAUUGAUUUGGCACUCAUCAGCACCAACCCCUACGACUUCCCCAUGUGUAGCAUGGGUCAGAUCACUGUGGCCAGCAUUGAUGACAAAGUUGAGCUGGAAGCCACUGAUAAUGCUAUUGAUAUCCUGGGCUUCACUCAUGAAGAGAAAAUGGCCAUCUACAAGAUGACUGGUGCUGUGCUCCACCAUGGUAACAUGAAGUUCAAGCAGAAGCAGCGUGAGGAGCAGGCUGAGCCUGAUGGCACAGAGGAGGCUGACAAGGUUGCUUACUUGCUGGGUCUGAACUCUGCUGACAUGCUCAAGGCUCUGUGCUUUCCCAGAGUGAAGGUCGGAAAUGAGUACGUCACCAAGGGACAGACUGUACCUCAGGUGAUGAACUCAGUGACAGCCCUGGCCAAGGCUAUCUAUGAGAGGAUGUUCUUGUGGAUGGUCGUUCGUAUUAACGAGAUGUUGGACACUAAACAAUCACGACAGUUCUACAUCGGUGUCCUGGACAUUGCUGGUUUUGAAAUCUUUGACUUCAACACCUUGGAACAGCUGUGCAUCAACUUCACCAAUGAGAAACUGCAACAGUUUUUCAACCACACCAUGUUUGUCCUGGAGCAAGAGGAGUACAAGAAGGAGGGUAUUAUCUGGGAGUUCAUUGACUUUGGCAUGGACUUGGCUGCCUGCAUUGAGCUCAUUGAAAAGCCCAUGGGCAUCUUCUCCAUCCUUGAAGAGGAGUGCAUGUUCCCCAAGGCCUCAGACACAUCCUUCAAGAACAAGCUGUAUGACCAGCAUCUUGGAAAAACCAAAGCAUUUGAGAAGCCUAAGCCCCCCAAGAAAGGCAAGAUUGAGGCCCACUUCUCCCUGGUGCACUACGCUGGUACCGUGGACUACAAUAUUGCUGGCUGGCUGGAGAAGAACAAGGAUCCACUGAAUGACUCCGUCUGUCAGCUGUACCAGAAAUCCCCAGUGAAACUGCUGGCUCUCUGCUUCCCUCCUGUCGUUGAGGAUGCUACCAAGAAGGGAGGCAAGAAGAAGGGUGGUUCCAUGCAGACUGUGUCUUCACAGUUUAGGGAGAACUUGGGGAAGCUGAUGACUAACUUGAGGAGCACCCAUCCUCACUUUGUGCGCUGCCUGAUUCCCAAUGAGUCAAAGACUCCAGGUCUGAUGGAGAACUUCCUGGUCAUCCACCAGCUCAGGUGUAACGGUGUGCUGGAGGGUAUCAGAAUCUGCAGAAAAGGUUUCCCCAGCCGAAUCCUCUAUGCUGACUUCAAGCAGAGGUACAAGGUGCUGAAUGCCAGUGUCAUCCCCGAGGGCCAGUUCAUUGACAACAAGAAGGCUUCAGAGAAGCUGCUUGGGUCAAUUGAUAUUCCACAUGACGAGUACAAAUUCGGACACACAAAGGUGUUCUUCAAGGCCGGUCUGCUGGGUGUCCUUGAGGAGAUGAGAGAUGAAAAACUGUCGUCUCUGGUCACCAUGACUCAGGCUUUGGCCCGUGGUUAUGUCAUGAGAAAGGAGUUUGUGAAGAUGACGGAGAGGAGGGAAGCCAUAUAUUCCAUCCAGUACAAUAUCCGCUCAUUCAUGAAUGUCAAACACUGGCCAUGGAUGAAGGUGUACUACAAGAUCAAACCUAUGCUGAAGAGUGCUGAAACUGAGAAGGAGCUGUCGAAUAUGAAGGAGAACUAUGAAAAGAUGAAAACUGACUUGGCUGCUGCCCUGGCCAAGAAGAAGGAUCUGGAGCAGAAGAUGGUGUCCCUUCUGCAGGAGAAGAAUGAUCUGCAGCUGCAAGUGUCAGCUGAAUCAGACAAUCUGAAUGAUGCUGAAGAGAGAUGUGAGGGACUUAUCAAGAGUAAGAUUCAGAUGGAGGCCAAACUCAAAGAGACAACUGAGAGACUGGAGGAUGAAGAGGAAAUCAAUGCUGAGCUCACAGCAAAGAAGAGAAAGCUGGAGGAUGAAUGCUCUGAGCUCAAGAAGGAUAUUGAUGACCUGGAGCUUACCUUGGCCAAAGUGGAAAAGGAGAAACAUGCCACAGAGAACAAGGUGAAGAACCUGACUGAGGAGAUGGCCUCUCAGGAUGAGAGCAUUGCUAAGCUGACCAAGGAAAAGAAAGCCCUUCAGGAGGCUCAUCAGCAGACUCUUGAUGACCUGCAGGCAGAGGAAGACAAAGUCAACACUCUGACCAAGGCCAAGACCAAGCUUGAGCAGCAAGUGGAUGAUCUCGAGGGUUCUCUGGAGCAAGAGAAGAAGCUCCGUAUGGACCUUGAGAGAUCCAAGAGAAAGCUCGAGGGUGAUCUGAAACUGGCCCAGGAAUCCAUCAUGGAUCUUGAGAAUGAGAAGCAGCAGUCUGAUGAGAAAAUUAAAAAGAAGGACUUUGAAAUCAGUCAGCUCCUUAGCAAAGUUGAAGAUGAGCAGUCACUUGGUGCUCAGCUUCAAAAGAAGAUCAAGGAGCUCCAGGCUCGUAUCGAGGAACUGGAGGAGGAGAUUGAGGCUGAGCGUGCUGCUCGUGCCAAGGUUGAGAAGCAGAGAGCUGACCUCUCCAGGGAACUUGAGGAGAUCAGCGAGAGGCUGGAGGAGGCCGGUGGUGCCACUGCUACUCAGAUUGAGAUGAGCAAGAAGCGUGAAGCCGAGUUCCAGAAGCUCCGUCGUGAUCUUGAGGAGUCCACUCUGCAGCAUGAAGCCACUGCUGCUGCUCUUCGCAAGAAGCAGGCUGACAGCGUCGCUGAGCUGGGAGAGCAGAUCGACAACCUCCAGCGUGUGAAGCAGAAGCUUGAGAAGGAAAAGAGUGAAUACAAGAUGGAGAUUGAUGACCUCUCCAGCAACAUGGAGAAUGUUGCUAAAGCAAAGGGAAAUCUUGAAAAGAUGUGCCGUACUCUAGAGGACCAACUCAGCGAACUGAAGACCAAGAAUGAUGAAAAUGUCCGUCAAAUCAAUGACACCAGUGCACAGAGAGCACGUCUCCUGACAGAAAAUGGUGAGUUCAGCCGUCAAGUUGAAGAGAAAGAAGCUCUUGUCUCCCAGCUGACCAGAGGCAAACAGGCAUUCACACAACAGAUUGAGGAGCUGAAAAGACAUGUUGAAGAGGAGGUUAAGGCCAAAAAUGCUCUUGCCCAUGGACUGCAAUCAGCCCGCCAUGACUGUGAUCUGCUGAGGGAGCAGUUUGAGGAGGAGCAAGAGGCCAAGGCUGAGCUGCAGCGUGGGAUGUCCAAGGCCAACAGUGAGGUGGCUCAGUGGAGAGCUAAGUAUGAAACUGAUGCUGUCCAGCGCACUGAGGAGCUUGAGGAAGCCAAGAAAAAGCUGGCUCAGCGUCUUCAGGAGGCUGAGGAGCAGAUUGAGGCAGUGAAUUCCAAGUGUGCUUCUCUUGAGAAAACCAAACAGAGGCUCCAGAGUGAGGUGGAGGACCUCAUGAUUGAUGUGGAGAGGGCCAAUGGGCUGGCUGCCAACCUGGACAAGAAGCAGAGGAACUUUGACAAGGUGUUGGCAGAGUGGAAACAGAAGUACGAGGAGGGUCAGGCAGAGCUCGAGGGAGCACAGAAGGAGACUCGUUCUCUCAGCACUGAGCUGUUCAAGAUGAAGAACUCUUAUGAGGAAUCUCUGGAUCAGCUGGAGACCAUGAAGCGUGAAAACAAGAACCUUCAACAGGAGAUCUCAGAUCUGACUGAACAGAUUGGUGAGACUGGCAAGAGCAUCCAUGAGUUGGAGAAGACCAAGAAGCAGGUGGAGACUGAAAAGUCUGAGAUCCAGACGGCUCUUGAAGAGGCUGAGGGGACGCUGGAACACGAAGAGUCUAAGAUCCUGCGUGUCCAGCUGGAGCUCAACCAGAUUAAGGGUGAGGUGGACAGGAAGCUGGCAGAGAAAGAUGAGGAGAUGGAGCAGAUCAAGAGGAACAGCCAGAGGGUGAUUGACUCCAUGCAGACCAAUCUGGAUUCUGAGGUCAGGAGCAGGAACGAUGCCCUGAGAAUCAAGAAGAAGAUGGAGGGAGACCUGAAUGAGAUGGAGAUUCAGCUGAGCCACGCCAAUCGCCAGGCUGCUGAGUCCCAGAAGCAGCUGAGGAAUGUGCAGGCGCAACUGAAGGAUGCACAACUGCACCUUGAUGAUGCUGUCAGAGCACAGGAGGAAUUCAAGGAACAAGCUGCUAUGGUGGAUCGCAGAAAUGGUCUGAUGGUAGCUGAAAUCGAGGAACUCAGAGCUGCUCUGGAACAGACCGAGAGAAGUCGCAAAAUCGCUGAGCAGGAGCUGGUGGAUGCCAGUGAGCGUGUUGGACUUCUGCAUUCUCAGAACACAAGCCUUCUGAACUCCAAGAAGAAGCUUGAGUCUGACCUGGUCCAGGUCCAGAGUGAAGUGGAUGACACUGUUCAGGAAGCAAGGAAUGCAGAGGAGAAGGCCAAGAAGGCCAUCACUGAUGCUGCUAUGAUGGCUGAGGAGCUGAAGAAGGAGCAGGAUACCAGCUCCCACCUGGAGAGGAUGAAGAAGAACCUGGAGGUCACUGUUAAGGACCUGCAGCACCGCCUGGAUGAGGCCGAGAACCUGGCCAUGAAGGGUGGCAAGAAGCAGCUCCAGAAACUUGAGUCCAGGGUGCGUGAACUGGAGGCAGAGGUUGAGGCUGAGCAGAGACGCGGAGGAGAUGCCAUUAAGGGUGUCCGCAAAUAUGAGAGGAGGGUGAAAGAGCUCACCUAUCAGACCGAGGAGGACAAGAAAAACGUUGCCAGGCUGCAGGAUCUAGUUGACAAGUUGCAGCUCAAAGUCAAGGCCUACAAGAGGCAGGCCGAGGAGGCGGAGGAGCAGGCCAACACUCAUCUGUCCAAGUGCAGGAAGGUCCAGCAUGAGCUGGAGGAGGCUGAGGAGCGCGCUGACAUCGCAGAGUCCCAGGUCAACAAGUUGAGAGCAAAGAGCCGUGACUCUGGCAAGGGUAAAGAGGUAGCUGAAUAAAGAAAACUGCCUGAUCAGCUGUUUCUAAUCAUAUAAUAUGAUGUGAGAUGUGCUGUAAAAAUAAAUGGUUUCCUUGUCACAGUUAAA